GCGGGAGGCUGCGGAGCGCCAGGACUUCGGACGCCCUCUGGCCUCGCGUCCUGGCUGGCCCUAGGUACAGCUCGGCCAGCCCACGAGAUUAGAAGUGUCUGCUGAACUGUUUUCCAAAGGAUAAACAUUACAAAUCAUUGACUAUGGCAGCUCACUAAGAAGACCCUAUCGCUUUUCGGGGACCACAACUUUCAGAAGCAGCCACAAGGGAUGCUGUUACUCAGGUGCCAACCAAAGCAAAGUCCACCGCGGAAGGUUUUCUGUAGGCUCUGCACCAGGAUGGGGAAACUGCAAAGCAAACUCAGACACAGUACUUGUAACAAAUACAGGUCCGAUGGAAUUACGGAAGAGAGAAUCCAGACAAAAGCAUGUCCAGAGUACAGCCCUGCUCACACGGACGCCGUCUCUGUUGUCGCUGCUCUGACCUCAGACGUUUGUGUCUCCGGAGGAAAAGAUAAGACAGUGGUGGCCUAUAACUGGAAAACUGGAAGUGUGGUGAAAAGGUUCAAAGGACAUGAACGUGAAAUCACCAAGGUAGCCUGCAUUCCCAAAUCGAACCAGUUCUUUAGUGCCUCUCGAGACAAGAUGGUCAUGAUGUGGGACCUGCAUGGCUCCGCGGAACCCAAGCAGCAGCUGUCUGGCCAUGCCAUGGUGGUCACCGGCUUGGCUGUGAGUCCAGACUCGUCACAGCUGUGCACUGGCUCUCGGGACAACUCCCUGCUUCUGUGGGACGUGAGGACUGGACAGUGUGUGGAGAGAGCAUCUGUCUCCAGGAACCUGGUCACACACCUGUGCUGGGUCCCCCGGGAGCCGUGUAUCCUGCAGACCUCUGAGGAUAAAGCCAUCAGGUUAUGGGACAGUCGAGGGCUACAGGUGGCUCACGUGUUUCCAGCCAAGCAGCACAUUCAGACGUACUGCGAAGUCAGUGGGGACGGACACACGUGCAUCUCCUGCAGCAGUGGCUUCGGUGGGGAAGGCUGCGAAGCCACGUUGUGGGACCUAAGGCAGACACGGAACAAAAUAUGUGAGUAUAAGGGACAUUUCCAGACUGUUGCUUCCUGUAUCUUUCUACCAAGAGCACUGGCCCUGAUGCCUGCAAUUGCUACCUCAUCCCAUGACUGCAAGGUGAAGAUUUGGAACCAAGAUACUGGGGCCUGCCUGUCCACCUUGCCUCUGGAUGGAUCGGGGCCCUUGACUUCCCUGGCCGUUGGCGACACCGUCUCCUUACUGUGUACAAGUUUCAACAGAGGAAUUCACUUACUCAGAGUGGACCGCAGCCGAGGACUGGAACUGCGGGAAGUGGCAGCGUUCUGAGACCGAGAGACUCCCUGGACAACAGCAGACCACGGCCCACCUUCCCCAGUGUGGCGUUGUCUUUUCCCAGUGGGCUGGGGGGAGCAGGUCUAGGGCUGCAGGCCUUUGCUGGUGUUCAGUUAGGCGUUAGAUCAGUGGUGGGAGUCGUCUGAGGUCCUGUGGUUCACAAUCAGGUAUCGAGGUGCGAAGCCUGGACCUAAUUUUGGAAUUACUCUUCCAAAAAAAUGUAUUGCUCAAAACGCUGACCUGCGGGUGUUAAGAGUGGUCGGCCUCUGUCUGAGGCAGAGUGUACGACCUGAGUCUGUUACUCUGUAAGAUGAAAAAAGGUGAAAGCUAAUCGGGAUGGGGACUCCACGGAGGAAAUGGGUUGUAAACAAGGAGUUUAAGCGACAGUCGCUGCCUACCAGCAAUGGGAAGAAUCAGAGUUAGGGCAAGAAAGCGACAGCCUUGGCUCCACGCCAAGUCUCAUAGUGGGAAGUGGUAAAUCCGGCCCUGCUCCUGGUAUGUUCCUAGACCAGUGCCGGUGAGUUUGCAGGAAAGUAUGCCCUCAGAUGGCUUGAAGGGCCGACAAGUUCAAGGGCAUUGCUGAGAAUUAUAGGAGUUACCAAACCUGUUCCAUGGAGAAGAAAAUGCAGAAGCUCAAGGAUUACGGCUAAAAAAAGAGUUCGUUUGCAAUGUUAAUACUUUUUUAUCUGGUGAAAUAUUAAUUCCUGGGCACGGCCAGAGUGAGACAAAGGAACCUCUGAAAUGCCGUAGAGACAUAAAGAGAGGGGUGAAGUCAACUAACUGUGCCCAGCACUGAGCCCCUUCCGAGAAGGAGGGCCAGGGUGCUCAGGGCUGCCCGCGUGCCCCUGCAGGCAACCCCACCCCCCUGCCUUCAGACAAACCCUGACACGAGGCAGCCGAGGCCAGUAGAGUCCCAGCCAGGGGCGGCUUCGGUUUGUCUUCCCUGGUCCCAGCAGCCACAGCCACCCGCCUUGUCCCCCUCCUGCUCCUCUUUGAGCCCCAGGGAUGGGCAAAGCCACCCCUGAGCAUGAAUCCCCACGCCUGCAUGUAGCUGGCUGAUCUCGGGCAGGCUGUGGGGCCGCAGCUCUCUCAC